AUGCAGCAUGUGGAAAGUGUCAAGUGUACGGAAGAGAACUCCGCAAAACAAUCCCCUCCCCUCCAAGAAACCCAAACUCGAUACCGAAAGCACUUCCCCCCCGCAACCUACGCUCACCACCCCAAUUACCCCAUUCCGAUCCGCGACCUCCCACCCACCAUUUCCCAGCUCCUGGCCAAUUUAUCCAGAACAACACCGCCGAAAGCCAUCACCGACAAGCCACACCUGGACCUUCUUUACUUCCAACCGUUUCUUCCUUCUUCUCUUGCUCGAGACCUCUUCCGCUUCCUUCGGAGCGAACUCCCCUUCUACCGCGUCAAAUACACCAUCCGUCGAGGUCCAGCGGAAACCUCCAUCGUUACGCCCCGUUUUACAACGGUGUUUGGGGUAGAUGACACAUCAAUAUUCAUUCCUGAUCCGAAUUCCAAAAUACCUGACGAAACUAACGCGACAGCGACCUCCUCACUGAUCUUGGCAGAUAGCAAAACACGCAUCCCUCUCCCCGCCUCCGACAAAAAGUACCACCAACGCCCCCGACCUAUCCCUCCCUGUUUAGACCUCCUCCGUCGAGCCGUUGAGUCGUCGACCGAUGAUGGAACAAAAUACAAUUUCGUUCUGGUGAACUACUACGCUACCGGUGAUGAUAGUAUUACCUACCACUCCGACGAUGAGCGCUUCCUCGGUUCGAACCCAAACAUCGCUUCCAUAUCACUUGGUGGGAAGAGGGACUUUCUAUUGAAGCAUAAACCACCCACCGGGAGUGAUGCUGAUGGAAUUGAAGGCAUGAAGCCACUCAAGUUUCCUCUGGACUCGGGCGACAUGAUGGUCAUGCGGGGCGAGACACAAUCCAAUUGGUUGCAUAGUGUUCCCAAGCGGAAGGGCGGACAAGGUGUUCUGGGGCGGAUAAAUAUCACCUUUCGGAGAGCAGUGGUGCCAGGGGGUACGAAUAAUUACUAUCUGUAUAAUGUGGGAGAUGGGGGGAUAUUUCGGUGGAAGGAGGACGAGGGGAGAAUGAUUGCGGCUGAGAAGCCAGUUGAAACGUGAGAUCAACUCAGAGAGAAGAAUACGGUUCCGAUGUACCCGGAAGCGAUCCAGCGGCUGCACUCUGUUGAGGAUUUUUGAUAGGAGUGUCUUGUAGUCUCAUAUGAUAGCUGUGGCCGCGAGGAUAGUUAGACUGGCUUGGUCUUCGCGACCUGGGAGUCCUAAAUAACGGCUCAACCCCAUCAAUCUGUCGGUGACUGGACAUCCAUCUGAUCGAGUUAUCGAAAUUUGCACAGACCUGCAUAGUAUUUCGAUGGAUCGAGGUCGCGAAUUAGCCGAUGACUGCCUGCUUGAGGUUCUUCAACUGAGGUGCUAUUGAUGGAGGAGAACAGAGCUGGAAUUGCUAAUAGGG